AUGGAUAUUGAUCGACCAGCAAAUGUGUCCUUUUUUGAUUUCGUUGGAGGAGUUCAACUUCUCCAGGGCGAGGACACGCGGACAGCCAUGCCCGUCAUCCUCAUCGGGAUCUGCGUGUCCGGAGCGGUUGGGAAUCUGCUCGUUUUGUUGAUUUUCAUCCGUGACUUUAGAAACGGGAGGGGCUCCGAGGUGAAAGCGCUCCUCGCCUCUCUGGCCUCCACGGACUUGGUGAUCCUGCUGCUGUGCGCCCCCGUGCGCGCUGUCACCUACUACAAGCAGACCUGGACCCUGGGGAGUUUCGUGUGCAGCACCACGGACUGGUUCCAGCACUCGUGUGUGGUUGCAAAAACUUUAAUCCUCGCGGUCACCACUAGAGCCAAACACACCUUGGUCCCCAGCACCGCCACGGGCCCCCUCUACAGCCCGACGUGGAUCCACGGAGCCCUGGCGUUCAUUUGGAUUGUGUCCAUGAUGUUUCCGAUCCCCCAGAUGCUUUUUGCCUCUUUGGUGCAGCGCGGUCGCGACACUAUUUGCGUCUCUGAGAUGUCAGUGUGCGCGUCUGACUUCAUGCGUGUGUUCUACAAGAUUUACCCAACUGCAACCUUUGUGGUGCCGGUCAUUUUUACGCUCGCGUACUACACCAAAGCGCUGCACACCGCGGUGAACCACGCGCCCAGCGCGCAGCACCAGAGCAAAGUCACGCUGGUUUUACUGUGUCUGAGCGGCGCGCUGGGGCUCAUGUUGCUCCCAGAGUGGGGCACAUUCACCUGGAUCAGGCUCGGGUACAACAAACCACCCGUGAGCUUGAUCAUCUUUGCGCAAGUCCUCCUUUACGCAUGCAGCUCGCUCUCUCCGGUGAUCCUAAUGACCAUGUACGACGACGUGCGCCAAGGACUCGUCACCAUCUGGUUCAUCGCGACCUGCAGAGGCUCCAAGCAGCUUCCCAGUAACAAAUGUCCCAAAACGGAGGGCAACGGAGCAGAAGUGGGGGCCAACGCCGUCGCCAACGCGGUCUCGCAGGAGAGAGAGAAGACGUUCCCAGAUGUGGAGCACUUUUGGACAGGGCGCAGGAAUACGCACGUCGAGGAGGAGCAGGAUCCGGUUCCGUGGGAGAGAGAGGAGAAAAUGUUGUAG